ACGCGAUCAGACGCGAUGAGGUAAGGUAUGUCAUGUCAUGCCGUACUACCGAAGAGAAGCAACGAUAUCUCAUAAUUAUGAUUGUAACAACGGUUGCAAUCAGUUGCACGAUAAUGGAGAGAAAGUUGAACUACAUAUUUUAACGCAGUUGUCAUCCGAAAGCGUUUCAGAGAUCGUUUAUCAGAGCAACUAUCGGAAUUAGAAUGGAGAAAAACGACGGUAACGAUGGUAAACCGAAGGAAGAAGGGCUUCCCUUUGGCGACAAAGAGAACACGAUUAUGAUAUUGAACGCUCUCUUCAGACACGGAUGUCAGGAUCUUCCUUUUAACGUUAUCCCAGGCAUGUCUAUGAAGGAAUACCAUUCUAAAAUGGAGUCUGCACUUGAACUGACAGAGACUGCUGUUAAGAACAAACCCUCGAUAGUCGAUUGGCUGCGUAGUGGUUUAUUCGAGGAAGACGAAUGCAAUGUACCUUUGGCGUUGUUAUUCAUUGCGUUGUACGAGCAACGUCCGUCGCCCGAGGACGAUCGGGAAGAUGUAGAAUGUAACUUCAGAGAAUUAUACCAGUUUCUUCACAAAGUGACAACGAAUCAGCCAGUACCCCAUCUCUCGCGUAAUUCCGCCAACGUUUUAUAUAAAUUGUUGUCGGAACUAAUGGAGGAGGUAUGGCCAAACAUGCAACCGAGCCUUCUGAAUUUUCUAAGUGAAACGCAUAUCUACAGCAGGUCGGCAGUCAGGAGAACGUAUUCGGGAAAAAGUUAAGAGUUGUCGCUGAUCUCCAUCUCACUAUAUUAAUCCUUAGGGAUGAGACGCUGAAUAAAAAAACAACGGAAAACUGUUCCUAAAUAUCGACGGAUUACACUCGGAUUUUGGAUUUAUAAUUUCGAAUUCUUCAAGUUCUUUGAUUCCAAGACCUUUUGGAGUUUGAGUAUUUGGAAUCCCAGAAAGGAUUAUCAGACUCGAAAAUAGAUAGAUUAUCAUUUUUGUUUUACAUAUACAUAUACGUAUAUUAGAGGACUGUUUAUAUUUAAAUUGAAAUUAAUACGUUAAUAACAAAUAUAGCUUGUCACUUACCGCAUUACAAAUUACUGAAGAAAAUGUAUACCCUAUUUUGUGAGGGUCGCUUCGUAAGAAAUACAUUUUGUAUAAUGUUA